AUGGACGAAAGCUUCGAGGAGACAGGUCAGGGACCGCUGGCCAUGUACGUGUAUUCGGAUGACGAGCUCAUCGAGCCAGGCCAGGCCCCAAAAAUUAGUCUGGCGGCCUUGAAUGAACAUCCCAGUUUUCUCCGGUCAGAGUGCUUUGAGUCCACCCUCGAUACUGUUACUGUGCCUCUUCUACCAGAUGAAGUCCUGCGUCUUCUCCGUCGCCCCUCCUCCCGGCGUCUUCGACAGCCAACACAGGAGCCACUCAAUCUUCAGCCCUCUGAAGAUCAUCCUAACCCACUUGAAGUGAGCCCUGUGGUUGUUGUUUCUUCUUCUUCCUUCCGCUCGUCUCUGUUGGUCUACCAGGGUGAAUUUUCAGCGAAAUUCACAGACGACCACAUGACCUAACACACCUUUUGACCGGGAUUCAAGACUUGCCCCACGUUAGUGAUUGUUUAUGUUCUUUGUCAGAAGUCCUGGAACAGUCAUAGGGUAAAGCCUUCAGGACAGGACUGCUCUGGCUUGGUCUCCAUGUUAUUGUGGUCAUUUGAAUUUUACACAGACAGGAGGCAACCAUCAGGCGUCAGAUAAUGAAACCGAAAGAUCCGCUGCCACGACUAGAAACGUCUGGAGUCGUUUAUCGGAUCUGGGGCAGUUGCAGACAAAUCAACUACGUCGGUGAAACCGGAAGACAGCUUCGAACGCGAAUGGCCGAACACGCUGCAGCGGUGCUGAGAAAUAACGCCAGCUCUCAAGUUGCGACUCAUUCGACGAGAUCCAGCCACACGUUCAAAUUCGACGAGGCCGAAAUUCUUGCUAGAGGUGACGACCGCGUGAGCCGCGAGCUGCUUGAGUCGUGGCUUACUGGCUCUCAGUCCAUUAAUAAGUGCAAUGAUCUUCCCAUUCCAUACUCGGUGCUGAGACUUCGCCUAGGCGGAGUUAUUAACCACGCGGGGAGCGUACAGUCGAACACUGUUCCCAACGCCAGGGUCGGUGGGUCAGAUGAUCGAGCAAUCAUCACACCAACAUCCAACGCACGUGAUGAAAUUGCGGCAAAUAACGACGGUAAUGUCAGCCAUCAAACAUUCAUCACACCACGGGCAACGAUCCGUGAUGAAGUGGGAGAGCUGGGAGUAUUCAUAGGUAUGCAGUAGCACGUCGACUGCAUCCUAUAAAUACUGCAGCUCCUUAUGCAUUAGCCACCCGUAUUUGCUAUUGUCUCUGAUGAUGUGUUUGAGCAGGAAUACGAAACGUCAGGCGAAUAAAGCUCUCGUCCCAACAAUCGUGUCUCCUCCUUCACGACUUUCAGCUAAAGUGCCGCGUAAUGUUUACACAGGCGUAUCUACAUAUUAGAUAAUCUGGAACAAAUACAGAAACAAGAGGCCGGAUUGAACAUCGCUUGUUUAUUAGUCAACCUUGUCGUUAGUCGACCACCCGCAGUGCAACUUUGUCUUCCCCACCUGGCGCUCGCUGAACCUUCUACAAUCGUCUGAGAAAUCAAGAUGCCUUCGUCCUUCGCAGCAAAAUGCCACCUUCCUGCCUCUCUCGUGUGUCAUUUGGCAUUUCCUUUUUGCGAAAAGCAGCCUCCUUCACUGACUGGACAACAGGCUGUUGCUGUUUUGUGGACAGGUUGUCAGACAUAUGCUCACUCUUGAUCGUAGUCAAGAGGACUUGAGAGGUUCGAGAGUGCCGCUAGUUAGCGUUUUCAACCGCCCUGGCCGUUAGUUAGCUGGUCAACGACCUCAAACAGGCCGGAAAUGCGUACAGCCCCUCCUGUGUAUCUGUCAGUAUGCCUGCAAUGUACACAUAAGUGAUCGAUAACUUGCCCGAGAAUCACCAAGCCCUUGUGUGACAGUAAGAGCAAAAGUGCAGUUGAUUGUGUCGUACUAAUUCGGGCGAAAUUGUCCGGUCUCAAAGUGCUUCAGUCCGUCACUCGACCGUGCGUGGAUUUGUACUUUCCGCAAAGCAUAUGGGAUUCAAUGCUGGUGCGCUGCACGUUAUGGUAUCUGUCCGAAGGUGACACAGUUUUAUCCAAUCUAAUCCACGGUUCUUCACCUUAGCACGUUGUACUUUUCCUAGCUUGUCCUCUCGUCUUUCCGAAACCCCAAAAAUAUUAGGAAUUUCGGCAACGGUGUUCCUUAUCAAAUGAAGCUAGGUUUAUCAACCGUCCUCAGAGCCCUACCAGGCCUUUUGUAGUUUGAAUAUCAUUACCUCCCCGAAUACUGCACCAUAAUGCCUCCGGAAAUGACGAAACUUGCUCGCAGUCUUACCUUGCUUGAACCAAGAAUUCUGCCGCUCUAUUGCACCGGUUGUACACCGACGUACACUUAGCGUAAUUCAAAACAAAAGCCUUCGGCAAAUUUAUUUCACAGAAGGAAAGUGUUAUGACCCGCCUGGUACGUGAAAUCCUGUGGAGCGUAUGCGCACUCGACCCUUGUCCCCAAUACCAACGCGGCAGAGAAGGAGAACGCGACCGGCCACGAAACUGUGUAUUAGGAAAUUGCAAGUCAAAAUUAACUGGAAGUAACGCGUAUUUAUAACGCCCCACGGUGCUUCGCCGGCGUUCGACCCAAUGCCCUUCGGGAAGAACAUUCGAGACGAGCCGGUCGAUAAUUCGAAUAUGCUGAUCGAUCAGGCCCGAGAGGAAAAGCCAAUGGAGAGGCGCCACGAGUAAGAUGACAGCGCAGUAGGGAAAACGCACGUGGCCUCUCGUGAUUGGCUGGCUCUUGUUUUUGGGAGUGUAGGCGCUCCCAACAGAAAGGCCUCGUUAUAUACACACACAAAGUGGUAUGUUUACGAGCACACCUGUCAAUCCUAUUUAAAUUUAUUAAUCACUGACCCGCCUGGCAACAUGCGUCCUUAUGAAAAUGCAUAUUCCUAUGACGUCCCUACUGGCGAAGUCGAGCAAAAUCCUGUUUGCCUUAUUCACCCUCACCACAAUCACUUCAGAAGCGUAGAAAAUACUGCGAAUCCUCGGGAAGCUGUUUUGGAAUCUGUACUCAGAAUAUAGGCUGUUAUCAAGCCCCCCAUACCUGACAUUACUCGGAUUCACAAAGAAUAUUUGGAUGUAAACUUCACUAAAAGAUUAUUGUCAAACGCCAUUUUAUUUGUGCUGUCAUGCUUACUUCGAUUCCUGCAUGGACAGACAUUCUGUACAUCUUGUUGCGGCAUAGCAGUGAUAAUAAGUGAUCUGAGCGCUACAACCACCACGUCGAAUCCCAUGUUGGAAGGAGAAGACGGAAGGCACCAGAAUGAGGGGGUUUAUUGUGCACAGAACCCGGAGUCGUCCUCUCAGGCGGCAGUGGACACUGGCGAAGCCAGGGCUGCUGUUGACUGCGUCCAGCCAUGCCUGAGAGUCUCUGAGAUAGUGGUGGCAGCCGCUUUUGCAGGCUCGUGGGCCAAGCUCGAGUGGUGUCCAGUCAGCGUGUGUUGCAUUUGCCGAGGGGUGGUGUCCCAGUGGCUUGUUCUGCUGGUUGCAGGGGGUGGCGCAUGGGUAGCAAUUGUGUCCGAGCCGAAGUCGAUCGAGUCAGCGCGUCUGGAACAGCUCACUGAAAAAGGGUGAAUGACCUUGAGGCAGCGAGGUCCUAAACAAUGACGCCAGACCGGUUAUGAUGGCUGUCCGCUACAAUCUAAAACUAUAGUUUACGCAGCUCUCCUUACUAAAUCAAGCUGGGUUUGUCAACUGUCCUCAGAACCCUCCGAAUUUUCGUUGUCGUUUGAGCGCCAUUAUCCCUAAAGUACCGCAUCGAAAUGCCUCCAGAAAUGACGAAAUCGGUACCAGCGAACCCUAUUGCACCAUUUAUCCUGGACAUGGGUUUAGCGCUGGCCACGGAACAUGCGACACUCACUGGUACUACAGUCUGUUAUCGUUGGACUUUCUAAAAUUUCAGUACACUCCUCGACGCUCAGUUUUUGUCUUUGGAGGGAGUUAGCAACUUUUAAUUCAGGCCCUUCCCGCAACGGCGACAGUGCCUUUGUUCUAAGGAGUCAUGCCUACCCGUCUGCUUGACCUGUUGUUGUUGUCGUUGGACAGUCGCGCAUUGCUGCUGGCGAUUAGAGUGUAACUGGCCACUUUCAAAUGCUGAUUUCAGUGGUUUCUGGGACAUGGGAGUAGGGCUUAUACCAACUCCAAGAACAACAGGCACCUCUCGUUUAGUUGACAGUCCCAAACAGACAAACGAAACCCAAGGGAGAUUCCCCAACUGACUCAGUGCCUCAGUUCAUGUCCGAUAUCCGUCACGUAUACGAAUUGCAGAAUGAGAUGGCUGACAAGUUGUCCAGAAAAUUAGCCGGUCAUAGUGACCGAUGUCAUUGAAAUGGCCUACUGUUUCCAUCUUUGGCAUGCACGUCUACACACCAAAAUUGUAUAACCUCCAUCUGACCACUACUAGCAGCAACAUCCUCUGUGACGUGCCCGCCACCUCCCAGCGUCCGUCGUGCUACCAUCCGUACACCUGUGUCUGCCACACUCUUUAGCUUCUGAAGGCUGAACCUUCUGCCUAGCCUUUAUCUCUAUGUUUAAUGGCCUCUUGUGCUUUUCUUCCUAAAGGUCACGCGACACGAUGGGGUGAUAUGGUGGGGGUUUGCGGGGGCCCUCAUGGGGUGUAAACAGGGAAGACUGGCUUGCCCUUUCGAGAUUUUUCUUCUAUGAUACGGAUUUGGGGGUAAAAAGUUGUUUUCAAUUCGGAUCUGCCAGCAUGCGAGCUAACUUCCACUGUGGUCGCGUCGCCAUCCCCUGUUUACACCCUUGAAGCAUUAUUCCCCACGGUUCUCCCUAACGAAGCUAUUUGACGCAAAUGCUCGCCCGAGAGAGUAUGUUCCACUAUGCAUCGAUCCUGUUCCAAGUAAUGCAAGGCUGCUUGCUUACGGCCUCUGAAAUUGUAGUUGCCAACCGACGCUUUUGACGGGACUCGGUGGAUCUCCACCUGAAGCCUUGUACUUGCUUGUACUUGAUACGGCUGCGAUCAUGCCUGAUCUAGCCGACCUCGAUGAUGUCCCGAAUUGUACCUCUCCACGCGUGACGAUCCGCGGCAGCAGAUCUAGACAGCUCAACCCAUUCCCUUAGCCAACGACGGAGACCGAAUACCGAAGGUCCAAGAACCACCUCCAUGUCUUGACGGACAGUGUCGAGCCAGGUUUUGAACUGACCCCCUCUUCCACGCCUCCAAUGGGGCAACGGUGCCGGAUCGAGGGCAGUAACACUGAGCUCCUGAGGUGGACGACGAAGAACAUGCUCGAACCACCUCAGUCGUCUUUCUUGGAUGGCCUGAGUUAUCCUCGCGAUGUUGUCGCAGCGAGCGCGGACUAUCUCAUUUGAGACGAAGUCGGUUAACUUCACUCGAAGGAUGAUCCUCAAGCAGUGGUGGUCAAAUACCUCCAGUUUUCGCUCAUCCGCCACGCGCAAAGCCCAGCAUUCGCAACCGUAGAGAAGGACAGAUCGGACAGAUGCACGGUACACGCGAAUCUUAGUGGCGAUGGAGAGGUCACGUCGGUUCCACAGGCAUUUCCGAAGGCUUGAAAAAACCCAGCGGGCAGCAUCGAUUCGGGAGACAAUGUCGUCCUUACUCUGUCCAUUAGGCAGCCUUAUAGAGGAUACAGCGGUCUCCCGCAUACCUGAACCUGCCCUUUGGCAGGUUGGAUGGAGUUCUUUCCUGUGAUCCAUUUAGCGACCUUUAUUUCGGCUUCGUCACAAAUGUCAGUUAGGGGUCCAUCUUUUUUGGUCGAGGCCACCGUGACCCUCUUGUUUUUCUUUGUUGGGGACCAUCAGCACGCCGUGUGUCUAUCGUCCUUGUAGUCCCCAACCAUCACUUAUUUUCCCUUCCUUUCAGAUCGUUGGUUUGACCCCCUUGGUGCCCUAUUCUCAAUCCCAGAGCCUCCAUGAUCCCUCUCAAGGCGCGGCACCAAGCCAGGACUCCCUUUUUGAGAAUGCCGAGUUUCCAACUGAGUCGUCCGCUUCCCUCGCCUUUCUCGAGGUCCUAAAGGUAGAGUCUCCACUUGCAGGCCGGGUGACCCACUGGUCUCUGGCCUGUGUAAUCCCCUGUCAACUGAUCUUAAAGUCGAUGGUUCGAACUAACACGUCUUCCCCCAUCCUUUAGCUGUCGCCGUUUCUGCGAGGCGCUAUGGACGUUAUCAAUGGCCUGCGGGACUUGGAUCCGCCUGAUUGGAUGGAGCGUUGCCAUGUGAGCAUCUGCUAG